GAAGCAAAUGAGUUUCAUUAUAUAAAUGCAUGCACCAAUUACAAUUUUAAAUUGAAUCAAACUCAAAGUGACGGUCCACACUCCAAUUUUCCUGCUAUUUGAAGGUGAAGAAAAAAUAAAAGAAGAAGAGAUAUUAGUAAAUUACCCAGGAAAAAAAAAAUUCAUUUUGCAAGAAAUGAGGAAAAGAAAGAAUAGAAUUUCGACUAAGAGUAAAGAUGAUACUGAUGAUCAUGAAACACCCUUUUCAGGCUUUAUACCAUGUCGCACUCGUUCAAAACGCAGAAGUAUUCAUCUCUCUGGGAAGCGCUCAAAGAUGGAUGAUGGUACAUUUAACAACCACUUGGAGAAUAUUUGGAGGAGUUUCUCUGAAGACAAAAGGGCGGCAUUUGCUCACUUGGAUUGCCUGUUUUUCAUGAUUUACAAGAACGAAAAUACUCAUGCUUUGGAACAAAUGAAAAGGAAGGAAAUUUUUUCAAAGAAGUAUGUGUUUGUUCCUAUUGUUUGCUGGGGUCACUGGAGACUUGUGAUUUUUUGUCAUUUUGGUGAGGCUGUACGCUCAAGAACCAGAAAUAGGUGCAUCUUGUUGCUUGAUUCUGUUGAGAUGUGCGCAAAGUUAAUUGGACCUGAUUUGAGAAAGUUUGUUUUCGAUAUAUUUAAAGCUGAGGGCCGACCUGAAAGCAAAGAUGUCAUAUAUCGAAUUCCCCUGUUGGUGCCUAAGGUUCCUCAGCAGACAAACGACUUCGACUGCGGCAGAUUUGUCCUUUAUUUCAUUAAACUGUUUAUGAAUGCUGCUCCAGAAAAUUUCUGCAUUUCUAAAGGCAAACCGGAUUUUUUUGCAUCUGACUGGUUUGAUCCCGAGUGUUUUGCUAAGUUCUGUGAUGAACUCGAAGAAAAUAUACCAAGCACACAUGAACGAGGAGUAGAACGAAGGUUUUCGCAGAGGAUCAGAAACACAAGAGCUUUGGCACAAAAUAAGUCCGGACAAAAUUCACAGAACUCUUUUUCACAAGUUAAAGAAGUCAUUUUGGUGGAUGAUUCUGAGACCUCCUCUUAGGUUGAAGUACACUAUUCUUAAGAAAUUAAGGAAACAGUGUUAAUUUAUAUACACUUUAGAGUAGUGGCUCAAGAAUCUUGAUUGAGGAUGAUGGAUGUUUUGUCUUAGGUUAAGGUGUUCAUGAACAUGUAAUUCUAUAUUGUAUUUGUGUUGAAUUUAAAUGUAUAUAUAUUGAGAUGUGUAUACUUUCAACUUGA